GUGGACGCUGCUUCCAUCUCGGCCAUGCAUUCCAGGAGCUAGCACGUCGGAGGGACCUAUAUGUAUAGAUAUUCUACUCCAUCCCCUGAUCCGGCCUCAUCUCAUCAUCCUUUUGAAAAGAAGAGAAAGCAGGAGCUAGCGUUGCACCCCUGAUCAAGAUCCCGCGCAUUGCACUGCUGCAUCGCCAUCGAUCCAUCACCUCCCUAUUGUCUAGGACUAGUAGUGUCAGUAGUGAGAAACCUUAUUGGCUCGCCGCCGGCCGGCCGGCAGCUUCACCUUCACUGCUGUGAAGCUCUGCUCGAUCUCCCGAUCCCGGCCACCCAGCAUGGCGGCUCUCCUCCUCCUCCUCCUGCUGCUGCUGCUGCUGCCCAUCUGCUUUCCCUCCUCCUCCCUCGUCCUCGCCAUUCCAACACUAGCCAGCCAGGCCGCCACCCUGCUCUCCCUCAAGGACUCCUUCUCGCCGCCGCUGCCGCCGCAGCUGCGCACCUGGACGCUCGCCAACUACGCUUCGCUCUGCUCCUCAUGGCCCGGCGUCGCAUGCGCCCCCGGUAGCAACCGCACCGUCGUCUCGCUCGACAUCUCCGGCUACAACAUCUCCGGCACGCUGUCCCCCGCCAUCGGCGACCUCGCUGGCCUCCGUUUCCUCUCCGCCGCCGCCAACUCCCUAGCCGGUGACAUUCCGCCCGACAUCGCCGCCCUCCGCAACCUGCGCCACCUCAACCUCUCCAACAACCAGUUCAACGGCACCCUGGACGCCCUCGACUUCUCCGCGAUGCCCAGCCUCGAGGUGCUCGACCUCUACGACAACGAUCUCGCCGGCGCGCUUCCCACACUCCUCCCCGCGGGCCUCCGCCACCUCGACCUCGGCGGCAACUUCUUCUCCGGCACCAUCCCGCCCAGCUUGGGCCGCUUCCCCGCCAUCGAGUUCCUCUCGCUAGCUGGCAACAGCCUCUCCGGGCCCAUCCCUCCCGACCUCGCCAACCUCUCCUCCACGCUGCGCCACCUCUUCCUGGGCUACUUCAACCGCUUCGACGGCGGCAUCCCGCCGGAGCUCGGCAGGCUGACCAGCCUCGUCCACCUCGACCUCGCCAGCUGCGGCCUCCAGGGCCCCAUCCCGGCCUCGCUCGGCGACCUCACCGCGCUGGACACGCUGUACCUGCAGACGAACCAGCUGAACGGCACCAUCCCGCCGUCGCUCGGCAACCUCACCGGCCUUAGGUUCCUCGACGUCUCCAACAACGCGCUCACGGGGGAGAUCCCUCCCGAGCUCGCCGCGCUCGGGGAACUCAGGCUGCUCAACAUGUUCAUCAACCGCUUCCGCGGCGGCGUGCCGGACUUCCUGGCCGACCUCCGCUCCCUGCAGGUCCUCAAGCUGUGGCAGAACAACUUCACGGGCGCCAUCCCCGCGGCGCUCGGGCGCGCCGCGCCGCUCCGGGAGGUGGACCUGUCCACGAACCGCCUGACGGGGGAGGUGCCCCGGUGGCUGUGCGCGCGCGGGCAGCUGGAGAUCCUCAUCCUCCUGGACAACUUCCUCUUCGGGCCGGUGCCGGAGGGGCUGGGCGCCGCCUGCCCGACGCUCACGCGGGUGCGGCUGGGCCACAACUACCUCACGGGGCCGCUCCCGCGCGGCUUCCUGUACCUGCCGGCGCUCACCACCGUGGAGCUGCAGGGCAACUACCUGACGGGGCGGCUGGAGGAGGACGGCAGCGGCAGCACCAUCACCAGCGGCAGCAGGCUGUCGCUGCUGAACCUGUCGAGCAACCGCUUCAACGGGUCGCUUCCGGCGUCCAUCGGCAACUUGUCGUCGCUUCAGACGCUCCUCCUGGGCGGCAACCAGCUGAGCGGCGAGAUCCCGCGGCAGGUGGGGCGGCUGAAGCGGCUGCUGAAGCUUGACCUGAGCGGCAACAAGCUGACGGGUGCGGUGCCCGGCGAGGUGGGCGAGUGCACGUCGCUGACGUACCUGGACCUGAGCGGCAACCGUCUGUCGGGCGCGAUCCCCGUGCGGCUGGCGCACAUCAAGAUCCUCAACUACCUCAACGUGUCGUGGAACCUGCUGAGCGGCAGCAUCCCGCGGGAGCUGGGCGGCAUGAAGAGCCUGACCGCCGCCGACUUCUCGCACAACGACCUGUCCGGGCGCGUGCCGGACAACGGCCAGUUCGCCUACUUCAACGCGUCGUCGUUCGUGGGCAACCCGGGGCUGCAGCUGCUGGUGAAUAAUUCUUCGAAGGCGCCGCAGCAGCAGCAGCAGCAGCCGACGUGGGGAGGGGUCGGCGGCGGCGGCGGCGGCGGCGGCGGGACGCAGCAGCAGCCGCCGGGUGUGAUGGGGCGUCUGAAGCUGCUUGCUGCCCUGGGCCUCCUCGGCUGCUCCGUGGCGUUCGCUGCGGUGGCCGUGGCGACGACGCGGUCCGCCAUGCUCCGUCGUCGGUCUUUUUGGUCGAGCCAGCGGUGGCGCAUGACGGCGUUCCAGAAGGUGUCGUUCGGGUGCGACGACGUGGUGCGGUGCGUCAAGGAGAACUGCGUGGUGGGUCGCGGCGGGGCCGGGGUGGUGUACCGCGGGACGAUGCCCGGCGGGGAGUGCGUGGCGGUGAAGCGGAUCGUGUCGGCGGAGGGCGGAGGGUUCCAGGCGGAGGUGGAGACGCUGGGUCGGAUCCGGCACCGGCACAUCGUGCGGCUGCUGGCCUUCUGCUCGGGGCCCGAGGCGAAGCUGCUGGUGUACGAGUACAUGGUGAACGGCAGCCUCGGGGAGGCGCUGCACCGUCGUAACGACGGCGAUGGCAGCGGCGUGCUGGCGUGGGCGUCGCGUCUCCGCGUGGCGACGGAGGCGGCCAAGGGGCUGUGCUACCUGCACCACGACUGCUCGCCGCCGAUCCUGCAUCGGGACGUCAAGUCCAACAACAUCUUGCUGGACGCCCGAAUGGAGGCCCACGUGGCGGACUUCGGCCUGGCCAAGUUUCUGGUGGGCGGCAACGACGCCACCGAGUGCAUGUCCGCCGUCGCCGGAUCCUACGGCUACAUUGCACCAGGUAGGUGGAGAAGAUCGACCAUCGAUCGCAAGUGACCGUGACGUGAUGGUCAUGGCGCGCUGUGCCCGUGCAUCUCCAGACUUGAGUGUCCUCCUCUCCUAGUAGGUAGGCCAAUGCAUGCAUGGUCCAGCUCCAGCAGCCGUUGUCUGCAUGCAUGCACACGAAUCGAUGUGCCAAAAUCCCAAAACCCUGCAACUGGGAUGACGAUGAGGUGAUGAUGACUAGACGCAGGGCAGGGAGGAGCUCCAUCCAGCUCCUCAAAGGAAGAGCUCGCAUGUACGACUAUUCCAUUUCUCUUUCUCGGUUGCUUUGCCUUUGCAUGCAUGCAUGCGUGGCCCAGCUCCAGGUCCCACCAUGCAGCUGCAGCAUCUUUUUGCUUUGCCUCUCCACUGACGAUGACGAUGACGAGACACUGUUGUAUACGAGUACUCCCUGGCUCGGAGAAUGAACCCUAGCUAGCUUUUUGACUGGACUAAUCAUGCACGGUUCCAAUAUCUAUAUAUACUCGCCGUUAUACAAGCAGCAGCAGCAGCAGCCACAUCCUUUUAGUUUUAUUAGACCGUUAUUACUUGUACGUAAACAUGCACGCGCCGAAGUUGAAAAAAAAAAAGAGAAAACCUACACCUUUGAGACAGAUGCAUGGCUUUUCGAUCGAUGAUGAUGCUUGGCAAUGGCAUGCACUACACAUUAGGAUACCUUUACUACUAAUAGACCCUUUUUAUUUGUUCAUUCACAAAGUGUGGCCUUUAGUCAGCCUUAACUAGACAUGCCGCGCGCGCGCAGUAACUUUUUGUUGGUUUUGCUUUGUUUAAUUGAAUUUGAUCCAUGCAUGCAUCUUGUCACCGUAAAACAAAAAAGGGCUUUUACACUAGCUGAUCGAGAACAGCACAUUAUUCACACGGGCAUGCAUGAGAAUAUGAGAUGGAAAAGCAAGCUACUCCUAAGUCACAUGCAACGUAUGUAUAACUAAUGAGGUGGC